AUGGAUGCUCAUUCCAGCGAGGACAAGUCGUCGGCCCCCCCUCCGUACGAGCAGGGACUUGAUAAGAAACGCUCCAGUGCCCAGAUACCUGUCUAUAACAACGUGGAAUUAGUCGACGAGACCGAUCUAUCCUUUGCAGCAAUCCUCAAGGGAACUGCCGCGAAUCCACUCAACACAUUUGAAAAGAAGGCUGCGCUGAUCAAUGUUGAAAUCGAUAAAUUUGGAUUGGGAAGAUAUCAAAUAUGCAUAUGGUUCCUCUGCGGUUUCGGUUACUUUCUCGAUCUCGCAUGGUCGCAAGGUGUAGGACUUAUUUCUUCCGCGAUCUACCAGGAGAUGGGUGUCGCGGACGACGAUACUGGAACAAUUUUUGCUAUCGCUAACGCUGGUCUUGCGAUUGGUGCUCUUACCUUCGGUUUGAUGGUCGACGUCAUCGGCAGGAAGUUGGCUUUCAACUUGACUUGUCUGAUCACUUCAGUAUUUGGACUCCUUCUCGCUGCCCCAAAAUACGAUUAUGCUGCUAUAUGCGGUAUUUACUUCCUUGCCUCCCUUGGCUUAGGAGGCAAUAUCCCCAUUGACGCCACGAUUGCCCUUGAGUUUCUACCUCAGAACCGCAGGUUCUUGGUAGCCCUUCUGUCCAUGUGGCAGCCUGUUGGUGUUGCGGUAGCAUCUGCAAUAUCUUACGGUACGGCUGCCCGGUGGCGAUGCGACCCUACUUUGAAGUCCUGCAGAGCCGUCACCGAUGGAGAGCCAUGCUGCACAGUGUCUAGCAAUAUGGGAUGGCGCUAUAAUGUCAUCGUACUUGGCUGCAUGACAUUGACUGUUUUCUUCCUCCGAUACUUCGUCUUCACCUUCCACGAGUCCCCUAAAUUCCUUCUCAGUCGCGGCAGGGAAGCAGAAGCUAUUGAGGUCUUGCACAAGAUUGCAAAGUUCAACAGAGUCGCCCUGCCUACACUUACCAUGGAGAUGUUUGCUGCGAUUGACGAAGCAGAUUCUCAACGUUCGGGGAGUGGAAUGAUCGCACCAGAUAUUCCACAAAGCACCACUGCAACCACGAAAAAGGUGCUUAGUGGGUUCGGCAAAGAAGUGAGGCGAUUGAAGGGCAUCUUCACAAAUAAGCUCUCCUGUUUCAUCUUCAUCUUGCUCGCGAUAGCUUACAUGGGCGAUUACUGGUCCUUCAAUCUUGCCGGUUCCUUCCUACCAAUCAUUCUGUUGCGCAACAACGUCGACAACGGUCGUGGUUCUGUAUCAGACACUUACUUGCAGUACAUCAUCAUCUAUACUCCCGGAAUAAUCGGUGCAGUCUUGGCAUUGAUCUCCGUGCAGAUGCCUUUGCUUGGACGGAAGUGGUCGCUUGUCUUCUCGGCUGUCUGUCAGGGUCUUUCCAUGGCGAUGUACACACAGGUAGACAGCACUGCUGCCUUCGUCGGUCUAAAUGCCCUUGAAUAUAUCAUGCAAACCUACUUCAAUGCUGUAUUAUAUGCUUCUGCACCAGAGCUCUUCGAUACCAGCUAUCGUGGCAGCGUCAGCGGUAUGCUUUCCUGUACGGGUCGUCUAGCUGGUAUUGUAGCACCAUAUGCCGGUGCGCAAUACCUCGCUGCACAGAGUUCUGGCAUUCUAUGGCUAGGAGCUGGUGGUAUUUGGCUUUCAGCGCUGGUCAUGGUAUUUUUGCCCGUGGAAAUGAGGAAUCGGCAAAUGUUUUAG